AUGUCAUAUUUGAAGAAGCAGUACCAUGGCGGCGGGACCAUGCAGAGCAUUUUGGCCGGCCGAAACGAUUUUGUUCCGCGUGGGAUGGACAACAAUAAAGACUCCAGCUCUUCUUUCGCUAAUGGGACGCAGUCGUUUCUGUCAAUCCUAUCUUUGCGUCACGGAAUCGAGCAGGUGGAGAAGCUGGGGAUGGCGCGUAUCUUAGCUCAUACUGCAUCUUUGAGACCGCUGCUUGUUGGCAGAUUGGCCGCCUUGAAGCACUGGAAUGGGCGACCAAUCUGCGUUGUUUAUGGCAGUGGUAGCAGCAAAACGACAGCAAAGGAAGAGGGACCAACUGUUGCUUGUAAUUUUCUUCGCUCGGAUGGUAGCUACGUCGGAUAUAGCAAAGUUCACAAGCUGUCGGAGAUUCACAAUAUCCAUUUGCGGACAGGCUGCUUCUGCAAUCCAGUUGCGUGCCAGCACUACCUCGGCUUGAAGGAGUCCGACUUGAUGACGAACAUUGCGGCUGGCCAUAUACAUGUUAACAUUCGAAGACUGCACCAGCAGAUUCAGCUCCAAGCUUAUCGUCUACGUCUCGUUCUCCCGGGUAUGUGUCAAAGGAACCACACCUCUGCCAAAUUACACUAUCCGAUCAAAUCAUGCUCAGGAAUGGUCGUCGACGCGUGGCCUAUUGGAUCAAGAGGGCUCCUGUUCGACCGAGAAUUUGCGAUCGUGAACUUGUCGAUGUCUACUGCACUCACGCUCAAGGCAUUCCCAAAGCUCUGUUUUCUGUACCCCAUCCUCGAUCUAGAACGUCAAACACUGACGAUUUUGUAUCACAAUCCUGACACCUCGACGUCACGGCAAUCCGAAACAUUGCCGCCAUCUCCGGAGCUUCGAUCUUUACCGUCAUCGUUCACAAUACCUCUGCAUGCAGAGACAUCCAUUACAAAAUCUCACGGUAAAGAUGAUUCUCGUCAUAUGCGUGUUUGCGCUGACAUGUGCAGGGGGCGCAACGUAGAUGCUGACGUCUUUCAAUGGCUCAAUUCGUGUCUUGGCGGCCUAGUAAGUAAUGCAAAGGAGACAUUCUAG